UUCACAGGCAGUACACUUUACGGCGCAAAUAUACCCUAAGUUUUCGAAUUUGUCACUUUGCUAUACAAAUUAUUUUAAGAGAUGGCAUAGAUUUUAAAGCUUGAUCGUACAUAUAUAAUAAAAUAUACGAAUUAAAGCCGCAAAAUGUCGGAGCGCAAGGUUUUAAAUAAAUACUAUCCACCAGAUUUUGAUCCAUCGAAAAUCCCGCGUAUGAAAUUGGCGAGAAAUCGUCAAUAUACUGUGCGACUAAUGGCGCCCUUUAAUAUGCGAUGCAAAACAUGUGGUGAAUAUAUCUAUAAGGGCAAGAAAUUUAAUGCACGUAAAGAGGAUGUCGAAGGCGACGAUUAUCUGGGCAUACGCAUCUACAGGUUUUAUAUUAAGUGCACUCGCUGUCUGCAAGAGAUAUCCUUUAAGACUGAUCCUAAGAACACAGAUUACGAGAUUGAAGCAGGUGCGACGAGAAAUUUUAUGGCACUGAAACUGGCUGAGGAACAAGCUCAAAGAGAGGAAGAUGAGGAGAAGGAAGAGGAAGCAACCAAUCCAAUGAAGCUUUUGGAAAAGAGAACGCUCCAAUCUAAGCAGGAACUAGAACUGUUAGAAUCUUUGGAGGAGUUGAAAGAUUUAAAUCGUAGACAACAGACUAUAGAUUAUGAUCAAAUGUUGGAACAAUAUGAUACAGAGACUGCUAGACAAAGGACAGAAAAGGAACAAGAAGAAUUGGACGAACAAUAUAUUAAAUCUAUAUUUGGUAAAAGACAAUUGAUUGGGACUAUUGUAGAAGAGAAAAUUGAAGAAGUAAAGGAAGAAGAAAGUGUUGAACCUGUUAGGAAAAUGUUUAAAACAGAGGGGGCAAAUGAUAGAGAAGAAAGAGAAAAUUCUGAACAUUCCUCGAAAUCUACAAAAGUAUCAUUGUGGUCGGAAAAUAUAGGUUUGUCAUCUAACAAGAAAGAUUUAAUCAAGAAAAAUAAUAUUGGUAUAAAGAUAAACGCGAAGUCAACACAAAAUAAAACGUCCACAAGCACUGCUCUCACUGAUUCACAGUUGGACAAAACACCUAACAUGACGAGUACCUCAAAUACAGAUAUAGUCUCUAACUCAACUAAUGUCGAUACUUAUAUGAUGUGUCGAUGAUUACAGAGUUUCUUAUAGGAUGCCGAAGGCUUUAGUCCUAAAACAUAAAGGAUUAGAUUAUCAGAAAUAAAAAAAAAUAUUGAAAGUUGGUCUGUUUACAAGGCUAGGCACUCUAUAAGAAACUCUGUUGUCAAGUUAUAUGAAUAUAUAAUGUGAUAAAGAGAGAGUACCUAGCCUACUAAAACAGACCAUAUUAACACACUCGAGAUGAGAAAAAGUUUAAGGAUUUUAAAAAAGGUCUGUCUUGAGUGCAUUAAUGUGAUGUCUACUCAUUUUAUUUCUACAAUGACGAGUAAUUUAUUAAAAAUAAUGGGCAUUUGCAAGUUUUAAUAUUAGCAUGUUUUAUUCAGUUAAUAAGAAUUAAUUGUUAAAAUGCAAACUAAUAAAAUUUUUAGGAUUCUUAAAAAAAGCUA